AUGGGUCAUAUGCACUUCAUGAGAAGAGCUGAUUUAGAGACAUGGUAUAUUCAAGAUGAUAGCUUCAUCAUUCUCUUGGAUAGAAGAGUGGGGACCAACGUUGUCUUUGAAGUUGGUGGGGAGACUUUUGCAGCACAUCGAUGGUCGCUUGCUGCCCGAUCCCCUGUGUUUAAGGCUCAAUUUUUUGGCCUGAUGAGUGAGAACAGUGCACAGCAGCACAUAAAGAUCGAUGACAUAGGAGCCCUGGUAUUUAGGGCUUUGCUUCAAUUCAUAUACAAGGAUUCGCUGCCCGAGGAUACAGGGGCAAAUAGGGCUUCAACUAUAAUGGCUCAGCAUUCACUUGAUGCCGCAUACCGAUACACGGGUUGGAGAGAAUGA